GUACAGUACUCCGUACAUUGGCACAAUUGACACAACUCGAGCAAGAUGGUCUCUCCAAUGCAAUCCUUAAAGUCUCUGGAAGACUCACAAGUUGUUGUCAAUGCCUACCGCCAGUUGUAUCGACACGGGCUGAAAGCCGUGAAUUAUUCGACGCCAGCUCGAUACGUCCUUCGGCACACCCUACGCUCCUCCUUCCGAUCGUCACCCCCAGAGAGCCUGGACCAACAGCGAAUCGCUAAUACCAUUAAAUUCCUCCAAAGAGCAGCGGAAGUUGCAGGCUUGGAACACAGGAUUGUGAAGAACAUGAUGAUCAUGAAAUACUGGCAAAAUCCCCACAUCAGGCGAGACCUCCGAUCUAUCAAAGGCUUAGGUGUCGAGCCCCGUGAUCCUAAAGUCAAGGAGGACGCCUGGCAGCAAUACAAUUUGACUUUGAAGCUCCUGAACGAGAGCUUGGGAACCUGCCUCGUAUAAAUGGUCUACUUCGGAAGUACUCGUCUGGACCAUUAUCCAUCAACCCCAAGGCAACAACACUACCACCAGAGGUUUCGGGCACUAUCGUCCGUAGGUUUUCUGUGUGCCAUCACUUAUGGGUUAACCGGACUCAUGUUUCCCGCCUUGUUACAAAGAGCGACAAC